CAAAGACACUCUGUGGUUGAAGAAUCGCGGCUAUGGCGACUUGGCUCUUCUACGGGACGGAUUGAAACUGGCCUCGGAUAUGACUCAUAUUUAUUUCUUAAAGUGUAAUUUAUUGCAAACCCGGUGCACGGAUCUUCAAUUGAAUAUUUGGCAUUUCCAUUCUCAUUGCUUUCUCCUUGAAUUUAAUGUCUUCACUCUAACUAAAAUUUUCACAACGGGAUCAUCAGGAUAGCACAUCAUCUGUUGCUAGUUCUCUUUGACUGAGAUUUGGGGUCCAGUGAGGAAGGCAUGUGUUCCUUGUCCAGUGACUCCCACUCCUUCACAGGGGCCAUGGAGGAGGAGGGGCAGGAGAGCAUGGAAUGUAUCCAGGCCAAUCAGAUCUUCCCCAAGAAGCCCCCAGUCCUGGAAGAGGAGAGCCUGCAGGUGCCCUUUCCUGAGCUGCAUGGCGAGUCAACAGAGUAUGUGGGUAGAGCGGAGGAUGCCAUCAUCGCCAUGUCCAGAUACCGCCUCCACAUCAAGUUCAAAGAGUCCAUCGUCAACAGUGAGAGUUGUUGUGAGGUGUCAGUCCCUCUGCAGCUCAUAGAGACUGUGGAGUGUCGUGACAUGUUCCAGCUCCAUGUCACCUGCAAGGACUGUAAGGUCGUCAGGUGUCAGUUCUCCACAUUGGAGCAGUGUCAGGUGUGGCUGAAGCGGCUGAGCGCUGCGGUCCGCCCUCCGUCCCGCCUGGAUGACCUCUUCUCCUUCGCCUUCCAUGCCUGGUGUGUGGACGUGUACGCCGGGGAGAAGGAGCAGCUUGGGGAGCUGUGCAGGCCAGGAGAGCAUGUGACCUCCUGGUUCAAGAACGAGGUGGAGAGGAUGGGCUUUGACACUCAAAACGCCUGGAGGAUAUCCGACAUCAACAGCAAGUUCAGGCUGUGCUCCAGCUAUCCGCAGCAGCUCCUGGUGCCAGCCUGGAUCACAGACAAGGAGCUAGAGAACGUGGCAGCCUUCCGCUCCUGGAAGAGGUUCCCGACUGUGGUGUUCAGGCACCAGAGCACGGGGGCUGUGAUCGCCCGCUGCGGCCAGCCGGAGGUCAGCUGGUGGGGCUGGAGGAAUGCGGACGACGAGCACCUGGUCCAGUCCAUCGCCAAGGCCUGUGCUGUAGAUGGCAGCUCCCGCAAACACCUGGCCAACGGAUCCUACACAAACGGAACCAACGGAACCAAUGGAAUCAUCAGCACCAAUGACCUCGUCGACACCGACUUCGAAUCGUCCCUGACGAACAGCUCGGAGGUAGAGACGCUGGCCAUCCAGCCACAGAAACUGCUGAUCCUGGAUGCCAGGUCCUAUGCAGCCGCUGUGGCCAACAGAGCCAAGGGAGGGGGAUGUGAAUGCCCAGAGUACUACCCCAACUGUGAGGUGGUGUUCAUGGGCAUGGCCAACAUCCACUCCAUCCGCAAGAGUUUCCAGUCCCUGCGCUUCCUCUGCACGCAGAUGCCCGACCCGGCCAACUGGCUGUCUGCUCUGGAGAGCACCAAGUGGCUGCAGCACCUGUCUCUGCUGCUGAAGGCGGCCCUGCUGGUGGUGAACGCUGUGGACCGCGACCACAGACCCGUUUUGGUGCACUGCUCUGACGGAUGGGACCGCACGCCCCAGAUCGCAGCCCUGUCCAAGCUGCUGCUGGACCCAUACUACCGCACCAUCGAGGGUUUCCAGGUGCUGGUGGAGACUGAGUGGCUGGACUUUGGCCAUAAGUUUGCUGACCGCUGUGGCCACGGGGAGAAUUCGGAGGACCUGAACGAGCGCUGCCCGGUCUUCCUGCAGUGGCUGGACUGUGUGCACCAGCUGCAGAGGCAGUUCCCAUGCUCUUUUGAGUUUAACGAGGCGUUCCUGGUGAAGAUGGUGCAGCACUCCUACUCCUGUUUGUUUGGCACCUUCCUGUGCAACAGUGGGAAGGAGAGGGAGGAAAGGCACGUUCGGGAGAGGACUUGCUCCGUGUGGUCACUGCUGCGACCAGCCAACCGCGCUUUGAGGAACAUGCUCUACUCCUCCCACUCCGAGACUGUGCUCCACCCUGUGUGUCACGUGCGUAACCUGUUGCUGUGGACAGCAGUCUACCUGCCCAGCUCCUCCCCCUCCACCCCCUCUGAUGAGUCGUGUGCACCCUAUCCUGUGCCAGGUGCCAACCCAGAGGACACGCCCCUGGGCAGACAUCCGAAGACCCGUUCCUUCGAUAACUUGCCCAGCGCGUGUGAGCUGGGGAGCUCGCUGGCCCCCAACCGGCGCUCCAGUGACCCGAGCCUGAAUGAGAAGUGGCAGGACCACCGGCGCUCUCUGGAGCUCAACAUCGCUGUGGGGCCCGACGGGGGGGGAGCUCAGGAGCAAGAUGGGUGGGCUAACGGCCAGUCUGGAGCAGCAGGGCCUCAGGCAGGCAUGGCCGACUCUGAGCUGGAGGACAGCCCUGAAGGCCAGCAGACUGAGCUGAGAGACGGAGCCGCCAAGGGGUCAUUAGCAGUAGGAGAAGAGAUAGAGCUCUCCAUUGAGCUGUCUGUGGCUGUGGCAGAGGGACAGAUGGAGAACAUUCUCCAGGAGGCAACGAAGGAGGAGGCUGGUGCCGAGACUCAGAGAGAGGCUAACGCUACUGCUGCUGCUGCCGUGGCUCAAACUCUGAUCGACGCUAACGCUAAUGGAACAGAGACAGAGAAAGAGGCCAUGGCAAGUAAUGCUGAGACUGAUAAAGAAGCUAACACCAAUGGGGCUGAGACUACUAUCACUAAUGGUCAUCACCCAGGGAAUGGCACAGAUGAGCCUGAGGAGGAGUCUGGUGUCUCUCCAGCCAGUCCCCCCCUUCCCACUGAUGUGUCCACAGACGUUCCAGAGGAGCAGGAGGCCCUAGAGAGGCGGGAGUCAGAGGAGCUGGUAGAGCAGGUUCUGGAGAACUGUACUGCCCAAGAGGAGCCAGAACACAACCCUACCCCCAGCCCAGCCCAGCCAUCCCCUAGAACUUUGACCAAUGGCUUUGGAGAGAGGACACCAGAAGAGCCAGAGACGGCUGUGAAUCACCUCCCACCAGAGCCAGAGUCCAGCAGACACCUCUCAGAGGCCCUGGUGCAGGCUGACAAGAGGGCUUCCCUCAUGGAGAGUUCCACAGAGACUCUGACUGAAGAGGCCUGCAGCAGGCCAGAGGCCCCAGUGCAGGCACCUGUCUGCCCAGGCCCCCAGCCCUGCACUGAAGGCAGGAGCCAACCCUCCUGCCACAGGAGAGUGAACGGGGAGGCAGAGCCAGAGCAGGGGGCAUCCAGGACUUUAAAUGGAGGACACAAGCGGCCCUCCGUCAGUGCCUUCCAGUCUUUGAGUGCUGAGCCCAGCAGGGAGGGUCUAUGUAAUGGUGAGAGCUCAGAGGGGGAGCCCUGCGGUGGCCCUCACUGGGCCAAGGUGAAUGGGGAGCGGGCCCCACUGAGCCGCCAGGUCUCCCUGGCCUCCUGCAGCUCCCUGACCCUCCAUCGCCGGGGCAGCUGCUCCCAGCACCGCUGCCUCCAUGCCCUACUGGGGCGCCGCGCCGCCACACCCAGCCCCGAGCAGCCGGCCCGCAGCCAUCUGGACGACGACGGGCUGACGCUCCACAUGGACACUAUCCAGCAGCGGCUGAGGCAGAUCGAGGCAGGCCACCAGAUGGAGGUGGAGAUGCUGAAGAAGCAGGUGCAGGAGCUGUGGAGCCGCCUGGAGAGCCAUCACCACGCAGCGUCCCUCAGGAUCAACGGAGACAUGGGAGACGAAGUGACCUCAAUGACAGACUCGGAGUAUAACCUGGACGCUAACUGCCUCUCACGCUGCAGCACAGAGCUCUUCUCCGAGGCUAGCUGGGAGCAGGUGGACAAGAAUGACACAGAGGUGACCCGCUGGUACCCGGACCACUUGGCAGCCCUGUGCUACGGGUGUGAGAGUAGGUUCUGGCUCGCCACCAGGAAGCAUCACUGCAGUGACAGAGAGCCUGUCCAAGAGGCCUGGAACUGUGGGAAUGUAUUCUGUGCCAGCUGCUGCGACCAGAAGAUCCCUGUGCCAAGCCAGCAGCUGUUUGAGCCCACCCGUGUGUGUAAGACCUGCUAUGGCAGCCUCCAGAUCAAUACAGCUCCCAAUCCCAUGGAGCUGGAGGAACCCAUCAGAGCCAGCUCAAACUAAGGCCAUGGGAGGGGCUUGGCCGGGCCUCCCAGCCAGCUAGCCAGCCAGCCACUGACACAGCCAGGCACACUGCUGAGAAGCCCAAGGAGCUGCAGAAUGUCCCAUGUACGUGUGUGUGCUGCAAAAUAUGGAUUUUCAUGUAUAUAGGCCUGCAAUGCCGGAUGUAGUGGAGGAGGUGAAUUAGGUGUUUUUGCGAGAUGCUAAGCACUUUGAAUGGUGGUUAUGCACAGGAAUGAAUAAAUGGCCAGGCAGACAGAUGGAGGGAGGGGUGUGACAACACACAGGACUGCUGGUAGUGUUUGUGGAGGUGGUGUUGGACUGGGACUGCGAUGGAGCGAGGAUGGCGUGCCUGGUCCCGCUGGCCAGGGGGGCACAAGAGGGUCAUCUCUGAAUGAUGCUGCAAAGUCUUUUUGAGGGCUUGUAUUCAUCUGAAACAUUUAAAAAUGUUUUUUUACAACACUCAUAUUUCUCUCUGACAAGAGUAGUACCAUCAUCCAUCCCCUAGUGACAGCUCCAGUGCUUCAGGAACCUCUUCCAGUGUCCAGAAUAGGGCUGGACGGUGAUGGCAAGACCUUCCAUUGACUUCUGGGGAACACCUGGAUGAACUUGGGCAGAAUUCUAACUUGAGUUAUGUGUCUGAAGUUAGGACUCUGCCCUAAGCAGGGAGAGGAUUGGUGAGUCACUAAGAUCUAGCAAGUGUUAGUUUGAAUGGCAUCAAGGUAUGAAUCCUCACCUAACUGGCUCCAUUUUGCCCUCUCUUGGCGUGAAUAGGUGCCAUAAACCGAUAGCAGACAGAGUGUAGAUCAGGGGUAGGCAACCCUGUUCCUGGAGUGCCGCAAAUACUGCAGGAUUUUGUUCCAACUAGGCACCACGCCUGACCAACUGAGCUAACUGAUCAGUUUAAUGGUUGCCUAAAUUCAACACACCUGGUCUUCCACAGCAUCUGAUCUGAGUGAAAGCAUGGUGGCAUUGUCACUUGAGAUCAACUACAUAAUAAGCUCAUGGGUUUUGUCUGCCAGGGAGAGGCUGUGGAAAUGAGCUCGUUAACUCUGCCUUCAUGUCCUUCACUUAAAAUUAGGAUGACCCCCCCUCCCAAUUUACCCAGCAGGCACUGGGAUCAUGGUGGUGCUGAAGAGGACAUGACAUCAUGUUGUUCCAUCCAUCACAAUCAUGGUCAAAUAGGAAGUGAUGUAAUGGUUGUUACAAAGAGAUGUGCGUCUGUCAUGUUUCUGUAUCAGUUUCCUCCUGUAAUGACAGGAACACAUUUAACAAUAUGUCCUCGUCAGCAGGAGGGGUGAACUAAUUACCCAACACUGACUGGUUACUUAGUUACUCUUUUGCUAGUUGUUGAACAUUACUUUUAUUUUAGGGCUUUCAUUAGAGCCAUAAAUGCAUCACAAUGUUUCCCUUUGAACAUCCUCAUAGCCACCAUUGCAUCAUGUCCUUUAAACCAAGAAAGUGCUGUACAAGGUGAUGAAAUGUAUAGUACAGUGUCUGUGUGGACCUUCCAGUGACACUAGAGGGUGCGCUUCUCCUGGCUGGUUAGUGCAGUCUUCACCAGCUGAAAUGAGAAGAGUAGCUUAUUUUAUCUCCUCAGAGACACCCUGCCCAAGGGCCAUUCAAUGACCUCCUCGCAGAUACAUUUUUGUAAAAUAAAUGAAUAAAUAAUAAAUGAAAUAAUAUAUUCACAUAGGUAUAUAGAAUUUAAGAAACUGUAUAGAAUCCUUGAAUAGUGGUUCACUAAAUUAGUCAGCAAAAGUUUUUUUAUUUUUUAUUUUUUAGAGUUUUUCUUUUAGUUGUUGAUUGCAGAAAAAACGAAGAUGGAUUUUUUUUCCAAAGAGGACGUGUUUCUGUUUUGAUGCUGCCGUGGUUUUACCUUUUAAUGCUAUCAGUACCUUUUCAUUAUUUAUUGAUGUUUUAUUUUUGAAUUGUUCUCUCAAAUGUAGACAAUUCGAUUGCCACAGGAUAAUCAGUGUUUAUCAGUAGUGGAUCUGAAGAUUACCCAAAUUAAUAAGAGAUGCCUAUGCACUGACACACUGGUGGUCCAAAACAAGCAACCCUUACUAUACCCCCACCCCCCUACUCACAUACGGUCACGCAUACCCCACUCAUACAUGCACACACACUACCUCUACCAAACACGGAUACAGACAGGAGGUCCACUCAUACAUGGACACGGAGAUCGUCUCCCUGCGCUUACAGUAGUUGAUAUUUGCUUUUUAGAUGUUCAUCGUCAAGAAUGGCCUUUGUUAUUAAUGAUUUUGUGUUUUACAAGCUAUCAGUUGGAGCAUUAAAUGUACAAAACAACCCUAGACUAUCUCCUGCUCAAGACUGCCAAUCAUUAAUACUGACACUUGUUGUACUAGCAGGACACUUAAUUGAGUCACAGGAUUUCAGCAAAUUUGGUUAUAAUUCACUCAUCUCUAUCUGAUCAGCCAGCCUAUGUGCAAAAGGGCCACUGUAUAGUUUGGACAGCCAUUUUGUGAACUAUUUGAGGGACAAAACUCUAGACUGUUGAUCUCUUUCAAUGCCUCUUUGAAUCACUUUUAGCAUAUACGUUUCAAUGGCUGGGCUGAGUUGAGUAGUCCAUAGCUUCAGAUCUCAAAGCCAUGCAGCUUUUUUUGGUCAUCAUUUCCCAAACUGAGGUUUGAAAUUGAGGGCUAAAUAAGGUAAUGUUCCUUUUGCCACUCAUUUACUUCUGGCUUCCAGCAGUGUCCUUGCCUCCCUCUGCCAUGUCGAGGGCAAGGCUAGUGGGUAUAGGGCCGAUUCACCAUCACAGGCAUGAUGGGCACCAAACUUGUCUGUCCAACAAUCCAUGAAUGUGAAUGGUAUAAAGAUUCAAGUGACAAUGUUUUUGCACAACAUUUAAGUUUAUCAGAGUAUACACUGCCACAGAAAUAAAUCUAACAAUAAAGCUGAAAAUGAAAGUCUGAUGUUCUAGUCAGUAUUAUGUCACCCACAGAGGGACUCCUGAGGAAUGAGCCGGCUUUUGUUUUGGUGCUGUUGUGGUGCAUAGCUGGAUGUGAUGGCAAUAUGUGGUAGGGGUUGGAGUUACGCAUUGUCUGUCUGGAGGAUCCCUCGCUUUGACCAGUUGGGUUUUUAGUGAUCUUGGUCUUCUGCUUAUUACUGUUCACUCGUGCACAUCACGUAGCUUCCUGUAGGACGCAUUGCUGCAAUGGCACAGUAAUCAGGUGUAAAUGCAAGUGUUUUUGCACAUGUGUACAAGAUGUGUGUGUAUGCAUGUCUCUGUAUGUCGGAGGGAGACUGGUGCCAAGCAGUUUUAAUACAGGUCUAACAAAGGGAUCACUUAUGGGCUUUUCUUUUCCACCUUUUCCAAGCACUUUCAACCUUCUCAUGUCUCUCUGUCCAAUAAGAAUUUGUAGCUGUUUCCUGUAACAAGUGCUCCUUGUUUAGUAUCUAUUUUGUUUUGUUGAAUUGACUUUAAAGAGCAUUACAUUGAUGUAGAAUGAAAGGAAAAUAAAAUGGGUCAUUUGCUAGCCGGAAUAAAUUCUCAUGCAAAAGUUA